CCUCCUCGGGAUAUUGACUGAGGGGAGUCAGGAACGGAAAGAAAGGACGUGUAGACAGGAACUGAUCGCAUCACUCGCACCCCAUUCGACUUCUGCAUCACCCAGCCCUCAAAUUCUGCCACAACCGAGUCUUCGUCGCCCUAUAGUCUAAUCUCCAGUUGAGGAAAAAAAAACCCUGACGAAUUGGCAAUCGCAAUUGCCUGGACGCGAAGCUUGAACUCGAUCCAUUUGCCGUUACCCACUACCAGUUCAUUCCCACGAUCAGUCACACAACAACCAGCUCGAAACUCUCACCACGCAACACAGUCACCAAUGGCAACUCCACGAGCUGCUAAGCCUCUGCAGUGGCUUGCCCUGUUCAUCAUGGUCUUAAUAACGGCCUCUGCCGCUAUAACACUCGACGACAUCCAACCCAUCACCUCCCUGUCAAUCUCUCGCAACUGCCUGCUCACCUACAGAAGACCACUUCAAGGCUGCGACUCGGAUGACUUCAACGGAAACAAGUGCUCAAGGAGUUGUGCGCAGGGCGUCCUCCGCAUUGAGGAUCUCCUCCAACUCUCUUGCCCUGACGACACCGCCCCGGCAAACUCGCUUCUCGCAAUGGCAUUGGGAGACCAGCUCCUCGACUUCUUGUGCCCGGACGAGCCUCAGACCAUACCCACUUCUUUCACAUCCGAGGGUACAACAUUGACACUGUCCUCGGUUCAGCCAGAGAUGACAACUACACCUAAGGCUUAUCCAACACAUACCAUGAGAACAUCGACAACCGAGAAGCCUGUCGAGUCAACAACGUCUGAAGGUCCUGCGCCCUCGGCGGGUGGAAAAGCGCCCAAUGCCCCCGAACCGACCGUGACCUCAGAGUUGGAGUCUGUGUCUACGACCACACCAGUCUCAGCAACCUCAGAAUCACCCCUAGGGACAACAAGUGAUGCCGUGAUCAGCACAUCUUCAAUCACAAGCUCGGUCCAGACCAUUGUCGGAAAUCCUCCUAUUAGGGGCGGCGGCGGGAGCCCUUUUGACCUUCCUUUUGGUGUUAUAAGUGGUCAGCAGAGGCUCUCCAUGUCGGGAUUUAGAGCUGCCUUUAACACUCUGUUCCUUGGGGCGUUGUAUCUAUUGUUGUAGAUAAGGGCCGCGAGUUAUGGGAAUGAUGGUAUCGGUUGGGAUUUCAGUUGAGGAUGUGAAGCAUUAGGUGUUAUCUGCAAUGAUGAUAAUGUGUAAUGUUGACCACGUUGUGUAGUCUUUACGGUUAUGCGAUGUAAGCGGAAUGUACCAAGUGAAGCAUGGCGAGAACAAGAAGAUGGUCUUUCUACUCUAUCCUUUGAAGGAAGAAGAAUGUAUUCGUUGGAGGAAGGUAUCGAAAAGUAGCAUAUGCCGCCUUUUACACACAAUGG